CAGUUGUACACUAGCCGCACUUGCAGCAAGUACAGUGAGUGCAUCAUUGCUCCUCGUCCUCUCCUGGACCUACUGCCUGAUGGCUCUGGACUGGCUGCUCAUCGUCGGGCUGUUAGCGGCAAGUGUGUGCUUUAAUAAAAUAUAAUCGCGUGCCGUGCAACGGUUCUUCUCAUUCCACGUUUGGCCAGCCAGCCAGGGGUAGCUGUAAAACCAAACUGAUAGCCGGGCACUUGGCAGUUGGUUGUCAACGGUCGAACGGUUGUGUUGUCUUCCCUGCAGUUCGACAAGAGAUACACGCGGGGUAUCGUUGAUUGGGUCUGAUUGGUAUAUGGUUUGCCGAAGCGCCUGGUGAAGAACUUCAAGAUCAAGAUCAAGGGAACAUGGUGGUCAUCAUGCAGAGGGGAGGAGUUUUGUGGGCGGGAGUGAUUCUGCUAAGUGGACUUGCGUGGGUUAACGGUGAGAUGCGAAAGUCGUGGAAAGUGAAAACCAGCGAUUCGGGAGACAGUUUGUCGUCCGCGGUGUGGACGCCUCCGCAACCGGGUGAAUUCGAGCAUGUUUUGGCAAAGAUGUCGAGGUUCGAACGGGAACCGGUAGAACAGGAGGCUCGAGUGGAAGAGAUUGAAGCGGUGCCAUCGGAAAAGGAAAGUGAAGAACCACCGAAACAGGACGAGUUACCGACGGAGGCAGAGGUGAAGCCAACGGUGAAAGACGUUCCGGUCAAGAACAGGUUGCGAAGUACAUAUGUGGCGAAGAAGAAUCCAUCGGUGUACAAUUCGGUACGGGAAAGUGUUAAAGCCGCUCCAUUCAUGGAAGACCACGGGUCAGAGAUCCAGAUCGAUGACUUUUCCGCGGAUGAAAUCGAUGAAGACGAGUAUGACCUUGGACUGGAAGAUAAUCAAGUGGAACAGAAAGACGAGUCGGGCUACGAAGAAGGAUACAAGAUGAUCGAGGGCAUUCUGGAAGAGGUUAAGAGUACGGCAUCAGAUGAGAAACCAGGUGAGAAGGAAGAACCACAAAACGAAGCGGAAACUGAUUCUAAAACGGAGGAAAUGAAACAGUACGAUUUUGGACCAGUGCUCAACAUGACAAUUGACGAACCGAACAACAUUGUUAACGUGAAGUUGAACGAGCAAGUGCUGAAGGAUAUUUUCACAGGUCGUCAGCGCGGCGGAGGGGGCGUCAAGAAGAUGUGGAAGUACGCCAUGCCGCUCUUUAUCCUUCCGUUUCUGAUCCAGUCGGCGAUCAUUCCGUUCAUGUUGACCACGGUGAAACUGUUCCUGUUCAAGUCAUUCAUGGCCGGUAAACUAGCCAUCUUCUUGCUGCUGCUGGGGGCGUUCAAGAACUUCACCAGCAAGAAGGACAAGGAGGUGUACGUGAAGGAUUUGCCCGAGAGGAGGUACGAGCCGUACACCGAGUGGCCCUAUCCGUACCAUUCGGAGGGGAAAAAUGGGUGGAAUAACUGAGAAGGUGCAUAACUAAGGGGUGCAUAAUGCAGGCGGUUCGGAUUGGGUGAUGGGACAUAGGGGAAGAACUCGUCUGUUGCGAUGACAAACAAUCGAUCCAAAUGAUGAUAGUUGAUAAGGAAUAUUUAUUGAAAUGUUUGAUGAGUACGUUUAGAUAAGGAGGAGCGCAUGUUUGUUUAUUAAUUAUAAAGAUUAAGUACAGUUUAGCAUUGUAUAUCUGAAAUCGUUGAAAUGUUGUGCAUAGCGUAAGUUUAAAAUAAUACGUUAUUAUUUAGUUUUAGUAUACCUAUGCGAUCAAUAAAAAGACAAGUGUUUCAAACA